AUGGCCAUUGCAUUCCUGGAUGUAGCCAUUGUUCAGUCUGAAUGUUCGGUGUCGAAAAUAGACAAUAGUGAGCGUGUGGUUGCAAUCAAUGGUGAUGCUGGUGGAAAGGCACAUGGCUUUAAUGUGACAUGCAAAGCAGGAUACGCUCUAUCCAAUAUGGGUAAAUCACCAAAGUGUUCCACACCUGGUGGAAGCUUCGACUCCAUCCCCACAUGUGAACUGCUGUCAAUACCCACUGGAGAAACUUCUAAUACUGGUGCUAUUGCUGCUGCUGUUUCGGUAACCAUACUUGUCUUGGUUGGUGGUAUAGUUGGCCUCAUACUCUUUGCACGGCAUUCUCACCCUGAUAAGCUGCUGAGGGCAAAGAAAAACCUGAAUACGGCCAAGAGACAGAUGCAAGUCAAGAUCGGAAUCUCAAGGAAGUCAAAUCGUGGGGGUACAAACAAUGGCCAAGACAGUUCGCCAACAGAUGCCAAAGAUGACUACAAAUAUCUUCAAAGUUCCCAAAGCACCACUGACUCUGAUGCCUAUUUGAACGCUAGGCGGACUACUGAACAUGAGCUCUGCACUUUUCCUGAACGAGAUUUAGCAUCUAAUGUGACUUCGAGUGGAGCCCAGGAAACAUCGUCAACCCCUCAGCCCAUCACGUCAGAGUAUUCGAAUUGCAGUAACAUCACUUCCGGCGAGCUAAGCGUCGAGGUCGAAACAGGAAAGGGUGUCGGUGGGCUGGGUCAGGUGAAGGAAACCAACGUAUAUGAGAAUGGUGUCAUCUAGAAAGAGGCCAAUGAAGGACACUGUAACCUAGGUUAACCGAUCAACAGCCCAAUGAGCUUAAUUGACUGUCCUGAGCCUUUGGGCACUGAGUGAAUGCAAUUGUGAUCUAGCCACCG